CUUCCACAGGAUGGUUCAGAAGAACAUCACAAUGUCCCACAGGAUGAUCAGCUUGUGAAUCCGUGUGAAGAUCUGAACAUAAUAUAUGUUACAGAGACAUAUGUGAAGGGUGACGAGCAGAGUAUAGAGGACAUUCCUACAGAUAACCGCCCAGCUUUACUCUUAGCAGAUGACUGUCCCAGGAGCUCAGUGGAACAUCUGAUAUCUUCAGAUUUUAAAACAGAUGAUUGUGGAGUCACAGAAGAUACAUAUGAAGAGCAUAUCAUUAUCUCAGAUGUACCCCAAGCCUUUCACAGCAAAAAUCCAUCAUCUGAUUCUUUAGAUCAAGUCCAGUUUUCUGAUUCAUUACAGUCUGUAACACAAAAUAAAUGUCACAGAAGAAGUGUUCAACCUCAAAGAACACACAUAAGGAAGAAGCGAUAUUCAUGUUCAGAAUGUGAGAAAUGUUUUGCAGAUAAAUUACAUCUGGUUAUGCACCACAGAAGUCACACAGGGGAGAAGCCAUAUUCAUGUUCAGAAUGUGAGAAGUGCUUUACAAAUAAAUCGGAUCUUAUUAGACAUCAGAGGAUUCACACAGGGGAGAAGCCAUUUUUAUGUUUAGAAUGUGGAAAACGUUAUAACCAGAAAUCAGAUCUUGUUAUACAUGAGAGAAUUCACACAGGGGAGAAGCCAUUUUCAUGUUCACACUGUGGCAAAUGCUUUAUCCAGAAAUCAGAUCUUGUUAUACAUGAGAGAAAUCACACAGGGGAGAAGCCAUAUUCAUGUUCAGAAUGUGGGAAAUGUUUUGCAGAUAAAUCACAUCUUGUUAAACAUGAAAGAACUCACACAGGAGAGAAGCCAUAUUCUUGCUCAGAAUGUGAGAAAAGUUUUGCAAUUAAAUCACUACUUGUUGUGCAUCAGAGAAGUCACACAGGGGAGAGGCCAUUUUCAUGUUCGGAAUGUGAGAAAUGCUUUACAAAUAAAGCAGAUCUUAUUAGACAUCAGAGAAUUCACACAGGAGAAAAGCCAUUUCUUUGUUUAGAGUGUGGGAAAUGUUUUAGCCGGAAAUUACAUCUUACUAGACAUCAGAGAAUUCAUACUCCCGGGGAGAAGCUUUAACCAAAACUCAGCUCUAUCAAAGCAGAGAACUUACGGAAGGAUUUUCAUUCCCAUGUUGUAUCCACAAAUCACAUAUUAAACAUUAAGAGGAUUGACAAUUUCAUAACCAAAAUUCCUAAACGCCCAUAAACUGAAUGUCUUGACUACCUGUUCUUACUUCACCUCUGGUGCUGUCUCAGAAAGCCUCUGUCUUUCCAUCCAUAGUGUAAAGACCACGACCACCUAGUCCAUGCUGAGCUAGCUGGUUACAAUCAUGUAGCUUACUCAUGGGACUGUCUUCACAUCUGUCUUCCCUGCCUUAUCCUCUUCUGUGUAGGCGCUGGGCUCAUUCAGCUACUGUCUACUGCCUGCACAUAAGAGGAUUUGGCAAAGCGGACAGCAGAGAUAGCGGUAACAUUGCCAGCUUACUUGCCAUGGACAGGGCAGCCAUGGGGUCUGCCCUAGUGUAGAGAAUCCCCUCAAUGUGCAGAGAUACCAUAUAUUUAUAUAUAUAUGACAGAAAGACAGAAGAUCCAGUGACAACCAGUCUUUAUAUAGUAGAAACACAGGUCAUCAGAGUAGUCGGGGAGCCAACUACUACUACUCUUUCCGACUGUCUACUAAGAGGUUAACACCUUGAUAUCCCAUCAAUAAGGUGCUUUUAUUUUUUCCCAAAAACCCAUCCUGUUCUUGAGCCCUGAGGUAGAUAAACUACUGAACGGAACUAAGUAAGUGUCCCUGCUCUGAAAUCAGCAGAUCUAUCACUACUGUAGUUUAUGAUUCUCUUACAUCAGGCAGAACAAACCAGGUGACAGAUUCUCUUCACCUUUUAUAUAACUGCAUCUCAUAACAUCUUGCUAGCAGUCCAUAACCCCUUCCCCCUGUAAAUUUGCAGUUUUGCUAUGCCUUUAUUUAACAUGUAUAUUUGUGGGAAUUUUAUGUAUUCUCAUGAGUUUGUUAUAGUUGGUAUUAUUUUCAGGAGAAAUGUAGCUUUUAUUUAGUGGUAUAUAUUAUUCUUAUCCGUUUUUUUUUUAACGUACAAAAAGGGGCGAAAAUGCAGUUUUCUCCAAUUUCAUGUCUAACAUUUUAAAAAUAUAUUGAGUUUUUACUUC